ACACACACAUAAAGGGGCGAAAUGCCUUUGCGCACUUUCUCUCUCUAGCUUUGCUCAACUCAAAGUACACCGCUCCAAUCAGUCUCCCCCCACAACUCUACUUCAAUCGUUAGAGUAACAUCUUUGACCUUCUCCUUGUGACAUAUUGACAAUGUCAACUUUCAGUUGAGAGGUGUCUUCUCCUUUACUAGAGAACAGAAAGCAAUGAGACUACUGUCAACAGCUUCAGUUGGAUAAAAUACAAAGUCAGUAAAAAAUGGGAGGCUGCUGCUGCUGCUUUUCUUCUAAAGGAGUAGAACUCAACAGUUCACCCCGAUUCUAUCAUUAUCCAAUAGUGUCAGAGGAGCGGCAACCCUUAUCAUCAAACAGUGGUGCAGCUUCUUCCCUUUCUACAGGGCUUUUAGUUGAUACAAAUCUUGAAACAUCUAUACCCGACACUUAUAGGCCUCCUCCUGCACCUAUACCAUAUGAUGUGAACGUUGCUCAUCCACUGAACAAUCGAGAAACUUGCGGUAUUAAGCAAGAAACACCUGUCCAAUCAAAUAAUACCGAUGCUGUUGGAGAAAUAAGUAUCAGUAACAGUGGCGAAACUGUGAGUAAGGAACCAAACUCUGAUUGCACCAACAUUGAGCUUGUUGCGACGAAAGAAGUGGAUGCAGAGCUUGAGAAAUCUGGUGAACUCAAGAAGUCUAAUGGACCUCUUUUACCUCCAGAGGAGUGUCCCACCUGUCUUGAAGAGUAUGAUGAAGACAACCCGAAAAUAAUCACUAAGUGUGAACAUCAUUUUCACUUGUCAUGCAUUCUUGAAUGGAUGGAAAGAAGUGAUACCUGCCCCGUGUGUGACCAGGAAAUGAUAAUCAACUUCCCGGUGAACAACGAAUAGAGCAUUGUGGCAUCAUGCAAUCAAGGUAAUGAAAUGCAUUGGAGGGUUUCAAACUUUGUUGGGUUUUGUUUUUCUCUUUUAUUUUGCUUUGCCUGCUUUCCCGCCCCCCCCUGAUGCUUCGUUUCCUUGUUCACGAAAAACGAAUAAAAAACCGACAAGAAAAGACAAAACCAUGAAAAGAAAAGGGCAGUUAGUUUGAUGUUGUUAUCAGUUGGCUGGUGGUUGGGAUGAAACAAAAAAAUGUCAGAAAGAAUGAAUUAUUUUGUACAGGAGUUCCAUGUUGGCCUUUUUUAUACUUGUUUGUAGAAAGUUGUUGAUUUGAUUUUGCAUAGUGUUAAAAGGGCCAUUAAUUAAAUUUUAUAGAUUUGUUUCAACUCACCAAAGAUAUCACUUCCAAUUUCAUCACUUUUUUGCA